AUCACAAUCUUAGCAGCACUCCCAAGAUAUACUGUUUCACACACCGACACCGAAUCACCGAGCGUAUGCUGUCGGUGACACUCGCCUCUCGUCGUCCCCUUCCCUCUGCAGCUCUGCUUCCCUCUCGUGCCACGGUGCAGUCCACGCCACGCCGCUGCUAGCAUGGGCUCGAGCGCGAGGUGGUCGCCGCCGUCGCCGUGGGGCCUCCGCGGCGCAGGAAAAUGGUGGGGGUCGGGAGGGUCCGUGGCGGUGAAGGCCAUCGGGUGCCUGCUCCUCGCCGGGAUCACGUUCCGGUUGCUCUGUUCCGUCCCUUCGUCCACGCCGCCUGAGAUCACGAAAGGAAAAUGCAAUCUUUUCAAUGGGGAAUGGGUACCAAACCCCUUAGGCCCAGCCUAUACAAAUGCAAGCUGUCAAUUUAUUGAUGAUCACCAGAACUGUAUGAUGAAUGGUAGACCUGACAUGGGAUAUCUACAUUGGAGGUGGAAACCUUAUGGAUGUGAUCUUCCACCAUUUGAUGGAGUCAGAUUUCUAGAUGCUAUGAGGAACAAAGCUUGGGGCCUCAUCGGUGACUCCAUUCUUCGUAACCAAGUUCAGUCUUUGAUCUGCCUUCUGUCUAAGGUUGAAGAGCCUGUUGAGGUUUACCACGAUAAGGAAUUCAGAAACAGGAGAUGGUACUUCGGAUCCUACAACUUCACCAUAUCCCUCGUCUGGACUCCAUUCCUCAUCAAAUCUGAGGUUUUUGAGAACGAGAAUGGCGAAUCUACAUCUGAAAUCCAGCUCCAACUUGACAUACUUGAUGCUACCUGGACAAGUCAGUAUGAAAGCUUUGACUAUAUUAUUAUUUCCGGUGGACAAUGGUUUCUUAAGACCGCAGUCUACUGGGAGAAGGGUAAAGUGGUCGGCUGUCAUAAUUGUCGUAACAAGAACCUGAUUGAACUUGGCUUUGAGCACCUGUAUCGUAGGACUUUCCAAGAGGUUUUCAGCUUCAUCAUCUCGUCAAAACAUAAGCCAGUUGUUUUCUUCAGGACUUGGUCGCCUGAUCACUUCGAGAAUGGGGAGUGGUUCAACGGGGGGACUUGCAAGAGAGUGUCACCAUACAAGAAGGGAGAGUACAGAGAGGGAUACAUGGAACGUGUCAUGAGGGGAAUCGAACUUGAAGCGUUCAACAAGGCUGUAGCUGCGUUAAUGGGUUCAGUUGAUGUGGAGAGGCUGAAGCUCUUGGAUACUUACAGCCUUUCGUUCUUGAGACCAGAUGGCCACGUUGGGCCGUACAGAACGCCCUUUCCAUUCGCAAAAGGCAGCAAGAACUCUGCAUCCGUUCAGAAUGAUUGCUUGCACUGGUGUGUACCAGGCCCCAUUGAUGCGUGGAGUGAUCUUGUUAUGGAGAUGGCGCUGGAUCGCUGAACCCUGUGGAUGUAUAUCGGGUGCUCUUCAAGUGAUACGGAAUUGUAGAGUUGAGUUGCAGGCUUGCCAAUCUCAAUGCAGAAUCAGUUCCUGCCGGCGCUGCUGCUUCAUAGCAGCCAAGUAGUAAAAAAAAGCAGUUGAAUGCUUAAUUGUAAAAGUGUGGACAUUUUGGUUUUAAGGUACUGGUUUGUAGCAGCAAAUAGUGGAAAGAGAAACCCUAGCUAGGCAGCCGCUGCCGGUUGUUGUUGGUGGUUUUUGUAGAAAUCAUCCUGCUUUGUCAGGUUUGAACUCGUUGCUGACUGCUCAUACAUGCCAUGCAUUUUGAGAUAGUAGUAACAUGAAGUCUGGUAUUUUGAAAAUCU